AUGGAGUCUACGCUCUUCGCAGCUUUUGUGACUGCCAAAUGGUCCAACAUGUCUCACCAAAGUAUAUCUGUCAUAAAUUUGACAGGUACAAAACUCUUCAGUUUCUUUAAAAAUAGAAAAAAAAACCAUGCUACGAUCGAUAAAUUCAACGGCAAGCGUAACCUUUACACAUUUUUUGGUUCGAUCCAAGUUUUAGGUGUUGCUCAAAACCCACGUGACCUGCUUGCUUACCAUUAUCUGAAUAAUCUCUGUAUCGUUUCGUCCGUACCGAUGGUUCAGCUAUUAAAGACUAACUUUACAUACAACUACGACUUCUACACUACCUCGGUCGCAUACCUUAAUCGCUAUCCAAAUCCCUAUGCCAAACAUGUGCUCAGUUCCGACACAUUAGACUCUUUUGUCGAUGAUGAAGGAAGACUUCAUACUACCAGACUAGUCGUGAAAACAGGGCUGUUGCCUGAGUUUAUCAUGCCAUAUUUAGGUUCAAGUGUCCAAUCAUGGGUGAUUGAAAAAUCUGUCAUUGAUCCAAAGCGACAGGAAGUCAGUGCCUAUAGCGCCAACGUUGAUCAUCAUAGAUUUGUAAAGGUGGAAGAGUUUUUGAAGUAUAGCUGCAAAGGAAAUAUGACCAGGCUUGAAUGCAACGUGCGCUUUCUGUCUAAAUUUUUUGGAUUCAAGAAGCGAAUUGAAAACUGGACUAAGGAGAAGUUCUCCAAAAAUUUGCAUAACCUGACUGAGGGCUUCAUGUACGUCAUCAGUAGGGUAGGGGGCUUGAGCAGCACACAGAGCGAGCAAACGAUAUGA